AUGCCGGCCACCGCCAAGCACGACGGCUCUGGCAAGGCUGUCCCCGUGGACAUGCCCAAGCAGCCCUUGACCAUCAACGACCCCGAGUCGCCCGACUUUGUCCCCUCGGACAACUAUGUCACCAGGACGGUCGAGAACACCAAGUGGCUCCCGCCCAUUACCCCCAAGACUCUGUUCUGGAACAUCCAGUGGAUCUCCUUCCUAGCUCUCACCAUCCCUCCUUCCAUGUGGAUGUGGGCUAUCUGGAACGUCCCUGCUCAGCGGGCUACAAUCAUCUGGGCCGUCAUCUGGUACUUUAUGACUGGUCUUGGCAUUACCGCCGGUUACCACCGUCUCUACGCUCACCGCUCCUACAACGCCUCUCCCGCUCUCCAGUACAUCCUUCUGUGCUGGGGCGCCGGCGCCGUCCAGGGCUCCGUCAAGUGGUGGUCGCGCGGCCACCGUGCUCACCACCGUUACACCGACACCAAGCUUGACCCUUACUCGGCUCACGAGGGCUUCUUCUGGUCGCACAUUGGCUGGAUGCUCGUCAAGCCCCGUGGCAAGAUCGGUGUCGCCGACAUUUCGGACCUCAGCAAGAACCCUUGCGUCCGCUGGCAGCACAACAACUACCUCACUCUCCUCGUCUCCAUGUCUCUCGGUGUGCCCACCCUUGUCGCCGGUCUCGGCUGGGGUGACUGGAUGGGUGGUCUUUUCUACGCCGGUGCCGCCCGUCUCGUCUUUGUCCACCACUCGACCUUCUGCGUUAACUCGCUUGCCCACUGGCUUGGUGAGACCCCCUUCGACAACAAGCACACCCCCAAGGACCACUUCAUUACCGCGCUUGUCACUGUCGGCGAGGGUUACCACAACUUCCACCACCAGUUCCCCAUGGACUUCCGCAACGCCAUCAAGUGGUACCAGUACGACCCCACCAAGUGGUUCAUCUGGACCAUGUACAAGGUUGGCCUCGCCUCGCACCUCAAGAAGUUCCCCGACAACGAGAUCCGCAAGGGCCAGUACACCAUGAAGCUCCAGCAGCUUGCCGAGUUUGGCGAGGAGAUUGAGUGGCCCAAGCACUCGAACGACCUGCCCGUUAUCUCGUGGGAGGACUUCCAGACCGAGUCCAAGACCCGUGCCCUCGUCGCCAUCCACGGUUUCAUCCACGAUGUCUCGUCCUUCAUCGACGACCACCCCGGUGGCGCCAACCUGGUUAAGCGCACUAUUGGUACCGACGCCACCGUCGCCUUCUUCGGCGGUGUCUACGACCACUCGAACGCUGCCCACAACCUCCUUGCCAUGAUGCGUGUUGGUGUCCUUGACGGUGGCAUGGAGGUCGAGAGCCUCAAGCUCCAGCGCUCUGCCUCCUCCGAGUCGCUCGUCUCGUCGGCCUCGGACGGCGCUUCGUCCGCCUCGUCGGUCUCGGUCCAGUCGCUCUACUCCGAGGUUGAGGCCAUCGAGAACCGUCGCCCGGCCUACCAGCCGGUCGCCCAGGUCUCAAACCCCUGGACCCUCGCUGUCCCCCCCUCGGAGCGUCUCCUUGUCAUCAAGCAGAAGCCCGAGCUCCGCCCUGGUCUCAUGGAGCGCCUUUCGUCCACCGCCGCUUCGCCCUCGCUCACUCGCACCCAGAGCUUCGAGGCUGAGGCUUAA